AUGGCCACUCCACUCACUGACCAGGAGAAACGCAAGCAGAUCAGCAUCCGCGGGAUCGUCGGGGUGGAAAAUGUUGCCGAGCUGAAAAAAAGUUUCAAUCGCCACUUGCAUUUCACUCUGGUAAAGGACAGGAAUGUGGCCACACCACUUGAUUAUUAUUAUGCCCUGGCACACACGGUGAGGGAUCACCUGGUGGGUCGCUGGAUCCGGACACAGCAGUUCUACUAUGAGAAGGAUCCGAAGCGUGUGUAUUACCUCUCCCUGGAGUUCUACAUGGGCAGAGCUCUACAGAACACCAUGAUCAAUUUAGGACUGCAGAAUGCCUGUGAUGAGGCCAUCUAUCAGUUGGGUUUGGACAUGGAGGAUUUGGAGGCUAUGGAGGAGGAUGCAGGAUUAGGGAAUGGAGGACUAGGCCGGCUGGCAGCAUGUUUUCUGGACUCUAUGGCAACUCUGGGCUUAGCUGCAUAUGGUUAUGGGAUCCGUUAUGAGUAUGGGAUCUUCAACCAGAAAAUCAAAGAUGGCUGGCAGGUGGAAGAAGCUGAUGAUUGGCUACGGUAUGGAAACCCAUGGGAGAAGGCCCGUCCUGAGUACAUGCUGCCAGUGCAUUUUUAUGGACGAGUAGAGGAGACUGAAGAAGGACCUAAAUGGGUUGAUACACAGGUGGUACUGGCCAUGCCCUAUGACACGCCCAUCCCUGGCUACAUGAACAACACUGUAAACACAAUGCGACUGUGGUCUGCACGAGCUCCCAAUGACUUCAAUCUUCGAGACUUCAAUGUUGGGGAUUACAUCCAGGCUGUUUUGGACCGGAACCUGGCUGAGAACAUUUCCAGAGUGCUCUACCCCAAUGACAAUUUUUUUGAAGGUAAAGAGCUGCGACUGAAGCAGGAGUACUUUGCGGUGGCGGCGACUCUACAGGAUGUGAUUAGACGCUUUAAGACCUCGAGAAAGAGUAGCUCUGUCCACCUGUCUUACGAUAGCUUUCCUGAGAAGGUGGCUAUCCAACUGAAUGACACACACCCUGCCAUGGCCAUCCCUGAGCUAAUGAGGAUCUUUGUGGAUAUUGAGAAGUUGGACUGGGACACGGCAUGGGAUCUUACGAGGCGCACCUUUGCAUAUACCAAUCACACUGUGCUCCCUGAGGCUCUGGAGCGCUGGCCUGUUCAUCUGUUGGAGAAACUCCUACCACGCCACCUACAAAUCAUCUACCAGAUCAACCAAAUACACCUGGACCACAUAGCAUCCCUGUUUCCUGGGGACAUGGAUCGUUUGUGCAGGAUGUCUCUGAUUGAGGAGGAGGGUGGGAAGAAAGUGAACAUGGCUCACCUGUGCAUUGUUGGAUCCCAUACUGUUAAUGGAGUUGCUGAGAUUCAUUCUAACAUUAUCAAAAAUAAAGUAUUCCGAGAUUUCAGUGAAUUGGAAGAAGAAAAGUUCCAGAACAAAACAAAUGGAAUCACUCCACGGCGCUGGCUUCUGCUGUGCAACCCAGGACUGGCUGACCUAAUCGCAGAGGUGAUCGGGGAAGACUAUGUAAAAGACUUGAUGCAGUUACAGAAGCUGAAUGAUCUGGUGGAUGAUAAUGUAUUUAUCAGAGAUGUAGCUAAAGUCAAACAGGACAACAAGCGGAAGUUUGCACAGUACUUGGAGAGAAAGUAUCAGGUGAAGAUAAACCCUGCCUCUAUGUUUGAUGUUCAGGUGAAGAGAAUUCAUGAGUACAAACGGCAGCUCCUCAACUGCCUUCACAUCAUCACUAUGUACAAUCGCAUUAAGACCAGACCAGCAGCACCAUUUGUACCACGCACUGUGAUUAUUGGUGGCAAGGCUGCACCUGGAUAUCACAUGGCUAAGAUGAUCAUUAAGCUCAUCACUACUGUUGCAGAUGUGGUCAAUAAUGACCCUGUUAUUGGCAAUAAGCUGAAAGUCAUUUAUCUGGAAAACUACAGAGUGUCUCUUGCAGAGAAAGUGAUCCCUGCAACAGACCUCUCUGAGCAGAUCUCCACUGCAGGCACAGAGGCAUCAGGCACAGGGAACAUGAAGUUCAUGCUGAACGGUGCUCUGACUAUUGGCACCAUGGACGGGGCCAAUGUAGAGAUGGCAGAGGAAGCUGGCCAAGAAAACCUCUUCAUCUUUGGCAUGAGUGUGAAGGAAGUGGCAGCCAUGGACCAGAAGGGGUAUGAUGCAAUGCAGUACUACAAGAGCAUCCCAGAGCUAAAGCAAGUCAUUAACCAGAUUAAAAGUGGCUACUUCGCACCCAAACAACCUGAACUGUUCAGUGACAUCAUCAAUAUGCUCUUCAACCAUGAUCGCUUUAAGGUCUUUGCUGACUAUGAGUCCUAUGUUAGAUGUCAGGAGAGAGUCAGUGCUCUGUAUCAGGAUCAGAAAAAGUGGACACAGAUGGUAAUAAAGAACAUUGCCGCUUCUGGAAAAUUCUCCAGUGACCGCACAAUCACAGAAUAUGCCACUCAGAUCUGGGGGGUGGAGCCAACUGACCUGAAGAUCCCACCUCCCAACGAACCACGAGAAGCAAUCGAAGAAACAGUGCGGGCUCUCCGCAAGCUCUAAACACACACUUUAUGACAUUCUUACAGUGUUAGUCUUCAUAUAGUGAUUUACUGUUAAAAUAUACAGUAUACGCUCACUUUAUACAUCUCUUAAUGGUUGAUAUUUUUAGAAUUAACUCUCUAUAUUGACAAUAGGGUUAAAAUACAGCGAAAAAUGCAUUUCACACCCCAAAGACACUUGGGUGAAGUCUUUAGUAUCAAACACUGAAAACAUGAGAAAAUCAGCUAAUUAAGUGUUAAUUUUAAUAGGUUAACCAUGACAUUUAUGAUAUAAUACUAGUAAAUCUAAUACAGAUAUACAGAGCUUAAAAAAAAAAAAAUAGGUCACAUACAGUACCAGUCAAAAGUCUGGGCACACUUUCUAAUCCAAUUGUUUUGCCUUAUUCUUAUUAAUUAAAAAACACCAUGUAAAAGUAA